AUGUGGCAGAGCCGGAGGGGUACUCGGAAAAAGGAAAAAUUAAGCAAGCGUAAAAAGUGGGGGCUAUAUGUCACUGUAGAGACUGCACCCCGCAGCCAAGUGAACCAGUUCAGUCAAAUUAUGAAAUGGGUGCUGCACCCCCUGCUGGUUGGCCUGAUAAGUGUGCCCCUCUCAGAAGCGUUUAAGGAAUGCCCUCCGUCCUUCUCCAACCCGCGUGGCGACUUUCGCCCAAUUGAUCGGCACCCCUCAUGGUCAUCACGAUCACGCCGAAAGGAAGGAACAAAAAUAUGGAGUAGCGCAAACGCAAGGAGGAAAUACAAAUAUUGCUAUGCGUACGUAAAUAGGGGCAAGGAGCACAUGCCUUGGGGGCAUACCACUACACGAGCGAGGGUUACAAAAAAAACAUUGGGAGCUUUGCAGAAGGGGAACACAGACGACAUCGCCAAGGGUAGCACCUCAGGGGGGAAUUCCUCUAUCGAGGAGGACCACCUUGCGAAUGUGCCAAAUGGCGAAGAACAAACGGAGGAGGUCUACUUCGUUAGCACCCCUGUGUACUACGCAAAUGACAAGCCACACAUCGGACAUGCGUACUGCAACGUUAUGAGUGACAUAAUAUGCCGCUUCGCUAAAUGGGAAGGCACAGAGGGAAGAAGCCAUGGAAGGGUUAUUCUCUUUUCCGGAAUGGACGAGCACGGAUUAAAGAUUGAACGAAAAUCUGAGAAGCUGAAAAUUUCCAGCACGGAGCAUAUCAACAAUAUGAGUAGCUACUACCAAAUGAUGAACGAAAAAUUACAUGUACAUGUUAAUAUAUUUUAUAGGACAACUAGCCAAUUUCACAAAAGCUUUGUACAACAGGUUUGGAAAUAUUUAGCGCAAAAUGGCUACAUAUAUAAGGGUACUUAUAGAGGGUACUACGACAUAAAUGAAGAAAAGUAUUUAAACGAAUUUGAGUUAAAACAGAAGGAAAAAAACGAUCCCAAUAUACUAUACAUUGAGGAAGAAAAUAGCUACUUUUUUAACAUUUUAAAAUUUAAAAAAUUUUUAACUGAUUUUUAUCAACGUAGUGAGGAGCUUAUCUACCCAUCCUACCUACAGAAGGAGAUGCUCCAUUUGGUUAAUAACGAACUGAAGGAUGUGUGCAUAAGUAGGUACAACACACAGUGGGGAAUAAAAAUUCCCGGCGAGGAAAAAGGCACCAUCUAUGUCUGGUUCGAUGCGCUCCUGUCGUAUGUGUCCUCAGUGUUGUACAUGGUGAAAAGGGGGCAACUACGUGGUGGAAAAGACUCCCCCGUUGUUCAUUCCCCACGGGGUGGUGACACAUUCGACAGGAAAAAAUGGAAUGGGUCUACACAAUCUAUACGUUUGCACGAAGUGGAAACCGACGAAGUGGAGAACGACCAACUAGUUUGCUCCUAUGAAGAUAUCUUAAGCAUAGCCGGUUUGGGGAAUCCCCACAUGAGUAAUCAGUCCCCCCCGCCAGAUGGCACUCUUUCCAGGCUCUUCCAAAAGGCAUGGAACCCCCAUGUACAGGUCAUAGGAAAGGAUAUCCUCAAAUUUCAUGCCGUGCUUUACAUCUGUCUGUUACAAAGUCUUAACUUAAAAUUGCCGCAAAAAAUAAUAUGCCACGGAUUGAUAAAAAGCGAAAAUGUGAAAAUGUCCAAAAGUGUAGGAAAUGUGAUAAGCCCAUUUGAUAUUUUGCAAAAAUAUGACCCAGAUAUUGUUAGACUAUACUUCUUUGGCUGUGCCAAUAUUUUUGAGGACAAGAAUUUUAAGGAAGCGCAUCUUGAGUCGUUUCAACAGUUUGUGAGAAACAAUGUCGGAAAUUUACUGUACCGAGUUGUAUCCCUCUGUGUGGAUAAUAAUUAUACCCAUAUUUUCCAAGAUGGAAAACCUGCUUCUUUGGAGUCCCCCAUUUUGAGGCAAUGUUCAGAAAUGAAGCAGAAGUUACUAACCCUAAUUCAUAAUAGGGACUUUGCUCUCUUUUUGGAAAAUUUAAUGACACUGAUAAAACAGGUGAAUAAAUUUUUCGUCCACCAGGAGCCAUGGAAAUGUACAGAUGAUUCUGUCCGUUUUAAUCGAAUAAUUUAUGAGACCCUGGAGGGCAUCAAAUUUGUUUCCGUUUUUUUGUAUCCGAUUAUGCCGCAAAUCUGUUCGUCCAUUUUGCGCAACAUCGGCUUGGAGGUUUCCUGUACGGGCGGGGCUUCCCUGGCCAUGCUGGCAGAGCCAACGCGUCAAUUCGUCCUGCACGAUUUGAUAAAAAUUGUGUGA